UGACACAACACGGAAGCCAUGCAAGAUGGAAAGAAAGGGCGGAAAGCCCAAUCAACACAUUUCAUGUUUAUUUCCUGAAGUGCUAACGAUUAUUUUUAGUUACUUAAGUGUCAGAGAUAAAGGUCGUGUUGCGCAGGUGUGUGUGAAAUGGCGAGAUGUCGCCUACAACCGUUGUGUGUGGCGCGGAGUGUGCGCGAAACUUCAUCUUCGCCGGGCCAACCCGUCUUUGUUCCCGAGUCUAGUGAAACGGGGGAUAAAACGAGUGCAGAUUCUCAGUCUCAAACGGAGCCUUCGUGAUGUGGUGGUGGGCAUUCCCAACGUGGAGACCUUGAACUUGAGUGGCUGCUUCGUGGUGACAGACCAUGCUCUCGGGCAUGCAUUCUCGCAGGAUCUUCCAUGCAUGACGGUUCUGAACCUCAGUCUGUGCAAGCAAAUAACGGACAACAGUUUAGGUCGUAUCGCCCAGUAUUUAACGAAUUUAGAAGUUCUAGAAUUAGGUGGUUGUAGCAAUAUAACAAAUACUGGUCUUCUGCUCAUAGCAUGGGGCCUUCGUAAACUGAAAACAUUAAAUCUUCGAAGUUGUCGUCACAUAUCAGACGUUGGUAUAGGUCAUUUAGCUGGAAAUAGUCCAAAUGCUGCUGCUGGAACUUUAGAAAUAGAAAACUUAGGAUUACAAGACUGCCAGAAACUUACUGAUCUCUCGUUAAAGCAUUUAAGUUGUGGUCUUGUGAAUUUAAAAACUUUGAAUUUGAGUUUCUGUGGUAGUGUGACGGACAGUGGGGUUAAGUUUUUGUCAAAGAUGCAGACUAUGCGCGAGAUAAACCUUAGAAGCUGUGAUAACAUUAGCGACGUUGGCCUGGGAUAUUUAGCCGAGGGCGGGUCGCGUAUUACUUCGCUGGACGUGAGUUUCUGUGACAAGGUCGGCGACGAGGGACUAGUCCAUUUAGCUCAAGGAUUAUUCAGCCUAAGAAAUAUCAGUUUGUCUGCCUGUAACAUCAGUGACGAGGGUCUAAAUCGCCUUGUUAAUACCUUACAAGAUAUUACGACUUUAAACAUUGGCCAGUGUGUUAGAAUCACGGACAAAGGGUUGAGUUUGAUCGCAGACCACCUGAAGAAUCUUCAGUCCAUUGACCUAUACGGAUGUACUCGGAUAACAACCGUCGGACUCGAGAGAAUAAUGCAGCUCCGAGGGCUCACCACACUCAAUCUUGGCCUUUGGCACAAAGGUGAAAUAUAGGUCAGCUUUGGAGAGGUGUGUCUGAUAAAUAGGUCACUGACAAAAGGCAAUCCGUGGGAGAGAUGCUGUGAACUGUGCUUUAUACAAAUCUUGCCAAAUUGACAUUUUUUUUUCUUUUGUUGGUUUGAUAUCAUUUUAGUUUUUGUUACUGGUUGUAAAGACAAUAUAUUUUGUGUUUGAGUUUCAGAUAUUUAUAUUGUUGUGUAUUUUUUUGGAACUUUUUUUAUUAAUCAGUACAAACUUUAAGAUGAUGUUCAUUGAAUUGUGUUGGAUUCAACACAACCUGUUCUGAUUUCUUUUUUGGUGGUAUAUGCAUGUAACUUUUCAAAUGUGUUCUGGAAAAGGUGUUUUCAAUAGAUUUGUUUUAUUUGUUUAGUAUCCACCAGUGAUUCUUUAUUAUUUUACAUGUUCCACUACCUUUUGCAAGAACUUUAUUUAAAAAAAAUGAAUUUUUUUCUAUAAAUGGAGAUCAUUUUGUCACCCUGUCAUUCAUUGUGUUAUAUAGAGUUCAUGCCAGUCAUCCUGAUUUUUAUUGAAAAAGAGAUAACGCG